AUUCUUAUGAGUGUGGUGACAUGAGCCCCAAAAGUGACUUGAACACCGAUAGCGAAAGAGAACUGGUCCCCUGUUUUUAUUGUAAUAAUGAAAGAUAUAUGCAAAAGCUUGCUAUCAAAAGCCAAGACACUGUACGAAGAGGAAGACCUCCGAAAACUGAUGCUAAAUGUAGAAACCGUCAAGGUACAGGACUAGGAAAAUUGUGGGAGUUCAUUCGUGAUCUUCUUCUCAAUCCAAACUACAAUCCGGCUUACAUUCGAUGGGAACGGCAAGAGGAAGGAGUUUUUAAAUUUGUUCAAUCUAAGAAAAUUGCCAAGUUGUGGGGUGACCGAAAUCAGAACACGAAGAUGACUUACGAAAAGUUAAGCAGAGCUAUGAGGUAUCAUUACAAGAGACAAGUUCUGUUACCAGUAUUAGGAAGAAGGCUGGUUUACAAGUUUGGACCAAAUGCAACAGGCUGGAAGCCAAAAUAAUUGGAUUCGUUGUUUUAACUUCCC